AUGUUUCUUCAGAAGAUCCUGCUAGUCCUGAGUGCAACCCUCGCUGCAGCCUGGGAACCACAGCCCUCCGCAUGGUGGAAGGAGGGCGUGGUGUACCAGGUUUAUCCAUCGAGUUUCAAGGAGAGUCGGACCGAAAAUGCAAUCGGAUGGGGCGACAUCAAAGGCAUUACCGACAAUCUCGACCACAUCCAGUCGCUCGGGGCGGACAUUGUGUGGCUUUCGCCUUUCUACGAGAGUCCGAUGAAGGACAUGGGCUACGACAUUAGCGACUAUGACUCGGUGGCCAAGCUAUUUGGCGGCAGCCUCGAGGAUAUCAAGACAUUUAUUGCGGAAGUUCACAAACGCGGAAUGCGAUGUCUUUUCGAUCUCGUCAUCAACCACACCAGCGACAAGCACAAGUGGUUUAAGGAGUCCGCGAGCUCGAAAACAAACCCCAAGCGCGACUGGUACCUCUGGAAGCAGCCCCAGUAUAAGAACGGAUCCAUGCACCCUCCGAACAACUGGCAAGGCCAAAACAACGGCAGCGCAUGGAAGUACGACGCACACACCGGGGAGUACUAUCUCAACAUAUUCAACUACUACCAACCCGACUUGAACUGGGACAAUCCCGAGACGCGACAGGCCAUCUUCAAAGAUGCCUUGCAGUACUGGCUGGAUCUGGGCAUUGAUGGGUUCCGCAUGGAUGUCUUCGCUCGCUACAGCAAGCCGGCCGGAUUGCCUGAUGUGCCUGCCAACGACAGCGACUUCCACGAUGCGUCAGAACUCUACACCAACGGGCCACAUGAACACGAGUACCUCCGACAAAUGAACCGCGAAGUCCUCUCCCAAUAUGACGCCUUCACUGUCGGCGAGUACCGCCCAGAAACCAACAUGAGCCUCGUCCAAGACUAUGUCGGCGCAUCGCGCCACGAAGUGAACACCAUCUUCCUUAUGAAUAUGUGCGACAUCGGCCGCGAAGGAUUUGUGUACACCGGAUGGAACCUCACGGGGUGGCGUGAUGCAAUUGACUUCACGCAACGCGUAGGCAGUCCCCUGACAGGAGACGGCUGGAACUCGAUAUAUCUCGAGAACCACGACACGCCGCGCUCAAUCACGCGAUUCGCAAAUGACAAGCCCGAAUACCGCGUCCAGAGCGGCAAGGCGCUCUCCGUACUCCUGUCGACGCUCUCCGGUACCCUAUUCCUCUACCAGGGUCAGGAAAUCGGCAUGAUCAACGUGCCCGACACAUGGAAGCUCUCUGACUUCCAAGACCGCGCCGGGAUAGACAAUUACAACAAUGCCACGCAGCACGGAGUCAGUCCCAGUGAGGCCCUCGCGACCCUUCAACUGCUGGGCCGCGACAACGCGCGCACCCCCUUCAACUGGGAUGCCAGUGGCCGCGGGUUCUCGACCAGCAACAGUACCUGGAUUCGCCGAGCGAACCUCGAAAUCAACCUCGCAGACCAAAAGCACGACCCGAACAGCGUAUACAGCUUCUGGGUGAAGAUGCUGCGUCUGCGCAAUGAGCACAAGAGCUCGUUCGUGUAUGGGGACUUCGAGUUCAUUGACUGGGAGGAUGAGAACUUCCUUGUAUACCAGAAGACAUCCAAUUCUGAAGAGGUCGUCGUGUUUAUUAACCUGUCCACUGAAGCGGGCAAGCCGCCAUUGGCCAUCCCAGAUAAUGCUGAGUUGCUUGUGUAUACCCACGAUGACCAUUCGGGGGCUGAUUUUGAGCCGUUUGAGGCCAGGGUGUAUAAGCAGGCAGCUUCUGGCUCUACACCAUGA